AUGUCGUUCAUUUCAUUACGCUCGCUCUCGACCAGAGCCAUCCAGAUCACCAACAACAAGAAUGCCGCCCUCCUCAACUGCACCCGUCUCUACACCGCCGCCUCGACUCCCGCAAAGUUCGCGACCAUCGACGAGUCUGCCCGCGCCCAGAAGCAGAUGGUCUAUGGACGCGACCUCUCUGCUGCUGCCAACAACGCCCACGGAGAACUUCGCUUCGACUGGAAGAAGGAGGAGAUCGACGCUAUCUACCAUUCCCCCAUCAUGGAGUUGUUGUACCACGGCGCCAAUGUCCACCGCAUCCACUUUGACCCUCUCGCCGUUCAGCAGUGCACCCUCCUGAGCAUCAAGACCGGAGGCUGCAGCGAGGACUGCAAGUACUGCCCCCAGUCCUCCUCCUACUCCACUGUCGUCAAGGCCCAAAAGAUGCUCGACACCGGCGAGGUCCUCGAGGCUGCCCGUGCUGCCAAGGCCGCUGGAUCGACUCGCUUCUGCAUGGGUGCUGCCUGGAGAGAUCUUGCUGGCCGCAAGUCCAACUUUAAAAAGAUUGUUGGAUUCGUCAAGGAGAUCAGAGCGAUGGACAUGGAGGUGUGCUGCACAUUGGGCAUGUUGAACGACGAGCAGGCAGGUCAGCUCAAGAACGCCGGCCUCACAGCCUACAACCAUAACCUCGACACCUCGCGCGAGUACUACCCCAAGAUCAUCACCACCCGCUCUUACGACGAGCGUCUCGAGACCAUCUCCAAGGUCCGUGAGGCCGGUAUCUCGGUCUGCUCCGGAGGAAUCAUCGGUCUCGGAGAGACCGACACCGAUCGCGUCGGAAUGCUCCAUACCCUCUCUACCAUGCCUGCUCACCCCGAAUCUGUCCCUGUCAACGCUUUGCUCGCUGUUGAGGGUACCCCCUUGGAGAAGCAGGAGCCGGUCAAGGUCUGGGAUAUGGUCCGUAUGAUUGCGACCGCCCGUAUUAUUAUGCCCAAGACUAUGAUUCGUCUUUCUGCCGGUCGUGUUCGUUUCACGGAGCCUGAGCAAGCGUUGUGCUUCAUGGCUGGUGCCAACUCCAUCUUUACUGGUGAUAAGUUGUUGACGACGCCUAACAACAAGUUUAACGCGGACCAGCAGAUGUUUGAUACCCUCGGAUUGGUGCCCAAGGCUGCCAGCUUCAAGGUCGACCUCGCUGCCGACUCGCCCGUCAACGAGAAGAAGGAAUGCUGCGGACACGACCACCCCCACGCAUAA